CAGCUCUCAGCACGCCCGCCCAGCCUUCGAUUGCACCCCAUCAACCUAGUUGCAAGCGUGUCAUCUCAACGCAAAGCCAUAUUAUCUAGCGCGACAAUAGAUAUCACUCGAUAGAUACUGCUGCUCCUCUUUGCAUAUGAAGUGGUUAUCGCGCUCGCUUCUCAAUAACCGGUCCACAGGACUGUACAUUUGCUCAUCAAUUCCUCCUGGUGCGGCUCCUUACCUCUCACUGCCUACCUGGCUACCCACUGCGCCUCUAAACAAUGAUACCCAAAAGACCUAAUUCCAGCUAUGCCGCAACAUUCCAAACACGACAUAAUCAUACGGGAGGGGCGCCGCUAACCCAGGCCGGGGGUCAGUUGAUAAACCGGAGAGAUUCAGGUCCAGGACCCAAUGGUUCGACUAACAGGAAGGUUAAGCCGGAACCCGCAACAGACGAUGAACCGCUCAGCUCCACUGACGAGAGUGAACAACUGAAUUCACAUUCGGAACUCCCACCUUCCCCUGAACCCACAUGGAAAUCAUAUUCCCGGUCGCCAAAAGAAGCGGCGAGCAGAUCGGCUGGAAACACCAGGGUUGACGCCGAUUUGUACGGUGAGGACGAUAAACGGCCACCAAAGCGGAGGAAGAAAGGCAUAGAUACCCCGCGGAAAGGAGAAAGACGAUCGGGAAGGGUGAAGCCUUCCCUACCUACGUCGCCUAAGGAGACCCCGCGUAAGCCUAUUUUCAUGGAAAGCGAUUCUCUCUUCUCUCCAUACCGGCCCCCUCCAACGAAAAGACAGUAUGGGGCGACCAAUAUACAUGCUGCCCCGAGCAGGAAAUCAUCGAAACACUUUGAAGUUCCCGCUUCUACCGCGGAGGAUGGGCAGUCUGCCAUUCAUUCAUCCCAGGUCUCCUCUAACGGGCCUAAGUUCAAGACGCCCCUUUCCUUCCCAAAUGAGGUCACAUCUAGCGCAUCACUUUUCACUGGCACAUCACACUUCGAUGAUUACGAUGACGAUGGCGAUUCGUCAUUGUCCUCACUCAGUUCAAUAUCUUCCUCCAUAAGCCUCCAUCUAGCAGAAGCCGAAAAACACGAACUUGACUGUGCCACACCAAGACAAAAGGCUAUAAUUUGUCCCAUGUGUGACCAAGCGGUUGAUCCCAGGUUCAUAGAUGAUUUGCGGUCCCCUAAGAAUCUUAGUUACAGGAAGAAAGCUCAGUUCUGCAGGGAUCACAGGAUCAGAGCCGCAGAGUAUGAAUGGGCUAACAGGGGAUAUCCAACGAUUAAUUGGGAGAAUCUUCACAAACGUAUCGAGAAGCAUUAUGUGGAGCUGGAUCAAAUCUUAACAAUGAAAAAGUCUUCAUUCUACCGAAAUGAGCUCGAGUCAUCCCGUACUGGGAAGAAGAAGGGAAACCUGCGUUUGACGGUUGACGAGGAUGAAGCGGAUAAGUUUUUACCUGGUUAUUAUGGCCCCUGGGGGGCAAAGAAGAUGAUGGAUGCCAUCAUUAGCCACUUUGCGGGGAAAUUCAAGCACCUAGCACCAACAGACCACCUAAUAAAGGCUGCUGGGGUUUCUGGAUUUGUGCAGUCUGUCAUGGUUCCGGAGUUGGCAGUAAUGCUGGUUAAAGAAGAUAUGGGCCUUGACGACGCAGGUGCGCGACAGGUAUUGACGGAUAGUAUGGAAAUCGGGAAUCUGAUCAAUAAGCAGCCAGAUGAUGUCAUUAAACAGGUUGGCAGACAAUGACGAUUCUGCUAGGGAUAUGGAUUGUUUUUGAGUGUUCCCUUUGUCGUGGGAAGCUUUAUUUCUAUGAUCUGUUAGCAUACUUCCGCAUUCAUAUUUCAUGUAUCUUCUUUCCCCUUUCCCCCCUAUUCACUACCUCUAAUCAUUCCCUAUAUUCCACCCCUAUACCUCCUCGAGAGAAGAAAUGUGUGGAAUAGUUAUCACAUUCAUAUUUUAUAUACAACUUUUGUUCUGUCAUACUAACAUUACACUCAAUUUGUGAACUCAAGAAUCUGAUAUGAAACUUCAAUCCACUGAAUCAUACAUCAUCUGAAUCCAGUUAAUCGCGCACUCUCAGGUGCCAAACCUUUCGUAAAAUCUAGCCUCACAAGCUCAACUGGUCGCAUGACAUCCGUGGCCCGAUGAAAAUUACUAAGAAUCACCUCCUAACACCAUCGGAUAGCCCAGCCAUAACUGGAU